GCUGUUAGCUUGUUGCGAAGUAAAGCUUCCCCCUUUUCUCUCUCUGCAUCAGAUCUCUCUUCCUCUCUCUCGGCGAGCGAGAUUUCCGUUCUCUCUCUCUCUCAGGGGAUUUCCGCGGCCGCGAAAGUAUGAACCGCCACCACGACCCCAACCCUUUCGACGAAGAGGAGGAGGUGGUCAAUCCCUUCUCCAAUGGUGGAGUUCCUCCGGCAUCUAAAUCACGGAUUCCUCCCGUAGGAGGCUUUGGACAGAAGUAUGAUGCCACUGUAGAUAUUCCAUUGGAUACAAUGAACGAUUCUAAGCAGAAAACGAAGGAGUUAGCUGACUGGGAAGCAGAUUUGAAGAGGAGGGAAAGGGAGAUAAAAAGGAGAGAAGAUGCUGUUGCUCAAGCUGGCGUUCCUGUAGAUGAUAAGAAUUGGCCUCCAUUUUUCCCCAUUAUUCAUCAUGACAUAGCCAAUGAAAUACCGGUUCAUGCUCAGAGGCUGCAGUAUCUGGCUUUUGCAAGUUGGUUAGGUAUAGUUCUCUGCCUCGUUUUUAAUGUCAUUGCCAUCACUGUAUGCUGGAUCAGGGGAGGGGGUGUCAAAAUCUUCUUCCUUGCAAUAAUUUAUGCAUUGAUGGGAUGCCCUCUUUCAUAUGUGUUGUGGUAUAGGCCUUUGUACCGGGCAAUGAGGACAGAUAGUGCUCUGAACUUUGGGUGGUUCUUCCUUUUCUAUUUGCUGCAUGUUGGCUUUUGCAUUUUUGCUGCCAUCGCCCCUCCAAUUGUCUUCCAUGGAAAAUCCCUGACGGGAAUCCUUGCAGCAAUUGAUGUCUUCUCUGAUCAUGUGCUGGUUGGGAUCUUCUAUUUGGUUGGCUUCGGUUUGUUCUGCUUAGAGGCCCUCCUAAGCUUGUGGGUUAUUCAGAAAACCUACAUGUAUUUUAGAGGCCACAAGUAAUCUCAUUUCUGUGUUCGGUCACGUGCUCGCGGGUUUUCCUCCUUGCCCUCCCGGAGCUGCUUUGGCAUAUUCUUCGGGUAUCUCAUCUACAGAUCCAUUGUGCCCUUUAUAUUGUGACUAUGAAAUUGGAUCUAUUAGUAGAUUGUAGAGUUGCACCUUGCCCUCGUCCUUUGGGGGGGGAUGCCCUUUCUUUGAGAUGAUCUAGUUAGUAGUGUUAUUCGAUUAUAUUCUUCGUAUGUGUAUAUGCUUCGUACCA